UUUCCUUUUUUUUUCCCCUUUAAUUUUUUUGAGUUUUAGAUCCCAACAAACGACCUUUUCAGUUUUUCUUUCAUGUUUCUUCAAAGAAGCUAAGUCGUCAUGCAUGCAUGGCAGCAAAGAUCAAUUGUAUAAAGCUUAAUUUAGAAUAUUCAUCUUAGUUUUCGAAAUUAAUUAGAAGGUUAAAUUAGAUAGAUUUUUUUAGGUGAAAUUCCCAGAAAAAAGGUGUAAAAAAAUGGCGAACCAAACAGGAAAAAUACCGAAUUCAAGUGAUGAAACGAUAGUUUGUUAUGCACCAACCAUGAUCACUACGAAUGGGAUUUGGCAAGGUGACAAUCCUUUGGAUUAUUCAUUGCCACUCUUCAUCUUGCAAUUGACCUUGGUUGUGGUUACCACUCGCAUUCUUGUUUACCUCUUGAAACCUUUUCGUCAGCCCCGAGUUAUUUCGGAAAUCCUUGGUGGUAUAAUUUUGGGUCCAUCAGUUUUAGGACAAAGCACAAAAUUUGCAACUACAGUAUUUCCGCUAAGAAGUGUAAUGGUGCUGGAGACAAUGGCCAAUGUAGGACUUCUUUACUUCCUUUUUCUAGUUGGUGUAGAAAUGGACCUGGCUGUGAUCCGGCGCACCGGAAAAAAGGCCUUAGCCAUUGCAGUUGCCGGAAUGAUAUUACCUUUCCUCAUCGGCACAUCCUUCUCCUUCAUGUUGCAUAACAGGGCCCAAUACAUGAAAUUGGGAACUUUCAUUCUGUUUCUUGGAGUUGCACUUUCUGUCACUGCUUUUCCAGUGCUUGCUAGAGUCCUUGCAGAGCUUAAGCUUCUCAAUACGGAGCUCGGGCGGAUCGCCAUGUCGUCGGCUCUCGUGAAUGAUAUGUGUGCUUGGAUUCUGUUAGCCUUUGCAAUAGCCUUAGCUGAAAAUGAAUCAGUUUCAUUGGCUUCAGUUUGGGUGAUCCUGUCAAGUGCUGCUUUUGUUACAUUUUGCAUAUUUGUGAUUAGGCCACUUAUUUCAUGGAUUAUUCGGCGAACGCCAGAAGGCGAAGCCGUUAGUGAUUUCUACAUAUGCUUGAUUCUUACAGGGGUUAUGAUCUCUGGUUUCAUAACUGAUGCCAUUGGGACACAUUCUGUAUUUGGUGCUUUUGUGUUUGGAUUAGUCAUUCCGAAUGGACCUCUUGGUUUGACCCUUAUAGAAAGGCUUGAGGAUUUUGUUUCAGGACUUCUGCUACCUCUUUUCUUCGCUAUUAGUGGACUCAAGACAGAAAUCGGCACGAUUCGAGGUGUUGGGACUUGGGGAAUUCUGUUCUUGGUUAUUGUUCUUUCUUGUGCUGGCAAAGUUGCUGGCACUCUUCUGGUUGCUCUUUACUACAAGAUGCCAUUUUAUGAGGGCCUCACUCUUGGUUUGCUCAUGAAUACCAAAGGCCUUGUUGAGAUGAUCAUUCUCAAUGUUGGCAAAGACCAAAAGGUGUUAGAUGACAAAUCUUUCGCGAUCAUGGUGAUUGUCGCAUUGGUUAUGACAUCAAUCAUUAUCCCCAUUGUCACAAUAAUCUACAAGCCAGCAAGAAAAUUUGCACCAUACAAGAAAAGAACAGUGCAAAGAUCAAAACCGGACGGUGAAUUUAGGGUGCUAGUUUGUGUUCAUACUCCAAGAAAUGUCCCUACAAUUAUCAACCUUCUUGAAGCAUCUCAUCCGACCAAGAAAUCCCCAAUUGGCAUUUAUGUUCUUCACCUUGUUGAACUCACGGGUCGCGCAUCAGCCCUGUUGAUCGUCCACAAUAGCCGAAAAUCAAACAGGCCUGCGCUGAAUAGGACUCAAGCGCAAUCUGAUCAUAUAAUCAAUGCAUUUGAAAACUUUGAGCAACAUGCUGGAUGUGUUUCAGUGCAGCCCUUAACUGUGAUCUCCCCUUACUCGACAAUGCAUGAAGAUAUCUGCAAUCUGGCUGAGGAUAAAAGGGUUGCAUUUAUUAUAAUCCCUUUUCAUAAGCAACAAACAGUUGAUGGUGGAAUGGAAGCAACCAAUCCGGCUUUCAGAACGAUCAAUCAAAAUGUAUUGGCUAAUGCGCCUUGCUCGGUUGGUAUUCUAGUUGACAGAGGCCUCAGUGGCUCAACAAGAUUAGCUGCAGGGCAAGUUUCACAUCAUGUUGCUGUCCUAUUCUUUGGUGGACCGGAUGAUCGUGAAGCAUUAGCAUAUGCGUGGCGAAUGAGUGAUCAUCCAGGGAUAGGUUUAACUGUCUUAAGGUUUAUUCCUGGAGAAGAUGCAAAUGAAUCCACACCAGCAGGACCUAGACAUAAUGAUCCAGGAGUUAUCAGUGUGGUAACAGAUGCUGACAGAGAGAAACAACUAGAUGAGGAUUAUAUAAACCAGUUUAGAGUAAGAACAUCAAAUGAUGCAUCAAUCAUUUACACCGAAAAAAUAGUGAGCAAUGGAGAAGAGACAGUGGCGGCAGUAAGAUCAAUAGACAGCAUUCAUGAUCUCUUCAUAGUUGGAAGAGGGCAAGGCACGGUUUCGCCUUUGACAGCCGGGCUAACGGAUUGGAGCGAAUGCCCUGAACUCGGAGGAAUUGGUGAUCUAUUAGCCUCAUCAGAUUUUGCAGCCACAGUUUCGGUACUUGUUGUGCAGCAGUAUGUGGGAAUGGAUGCUCAGGAUGAUACAUUGGAUAGUCCUAGCGAACAUACUCAACAAGCUGAGCAGUUCAGUUACAGUAACAUGAGCCGGAGGCCACCGCAACCUAGAGGACAAGAGGUUUUCCAUUCCCAACCCUGAUUUUUUGCAUCAGAGAAAGUGGUUUGUGCAAAUGCAUCAACUCUGACGUAGUGACAUGAUAGAAGCAUUAGUUCAUUCUUUAUCAAGUUUCUGUCUGUUUGUUGUUCUCAAAAGGCUCCUCAAAAUGAGAUUUUGUGAGAUAGAAUUCAAUCCCAAUAUAGUAAAAGUAGA